CCAGUGGAAUGCUCCUUUCAUCCGUUUCCGAUCCGUCGCCCUCCGCUUCUUCUUCCUUCCCUCCUCGAAGAGCAAUUAGGGUUCCUCAAAAUCCCCGCAAGGAUGUCGACCUUCAGUGGCGACGAAACCGCUCCCUUCUUCGGAUUCCUCGGCGCCGCGGCGGCCCUCGUUUUCUCCUGCAUGGGGGCGGCGUACGGGACGGCAAAGAGCGGCGUCGGGGUGGCGUCGAUGGGCGUGAUGCGGCCGGAACUCGUGAUGAAAUCGAUCGUGCCCGUCGUCAUGGCUGGAGUGCUUGGGAUCUAUGGUCUCAUCAUCGCUGUUAUCAUAAGCACCGGGAUCAACCCUAAGGCCAAGUCAUAUUACCUCUUCGAUGGGUACGCGCACCUCUCGUCCGGCCUGGCGUGUGGCCUUGCAGGACUCUCGGCGGGGAUGGCGAUCGGGAUCGUUGGUGAUGCUGGAGUCAGAGCCAACGCACAACAGCCAAAACUGUUUGUAGGAAUGAUUCUGAUUCUCAUCUUUGCGGAAGCUCUUGCCCUCUAUGGUCUCAUUGUUGGCAUCAUCCUUUCCUCUCGUGCUGGUCAGUCCCGAGCAGACUAAGGAGUAGCUGGCACCAUGUUACCUGUGCUUCCUCUAUAUUUUUCAUGGAAAAUGAUAACAUAAAUUGGUCAACUUUUGUGGUUAUAAUGUGAUCUAAUACAGGACUUCCACAGAUAAGAGUCACAUUGCUAGACUCGUGCUACAUUUCAAUAAUUUCCCACUGUAAUCUUCUUGUACUGCUGAGUUAUGGACAACUGCGGGCACUCUAUUUCCAUUUCGGAGGGAACUAACUACAAACUUUGUGGAUUUAGAUUGUUACUUUGUGUAGCCUGGUCAGAUGAAUCAGGUUUGAUCUUGUUCUGAAGUAAUGUAUUUUAUGUUCAACUCCUUUGGAUUA